GUGAUGGUAAAAUAUCAAUGUUACGGUGGAACUAUACAGGGACGGUAACAUGGUCGUGUACAGUACUGAAGACGGUGACAAAAUCAGCGGCAAUAUAAUAGUAUAAAAAUUUGAACUUGAAGACGGGCAGCAAGUGGAGCCGGUUGGUUUAGUAUGGAAAGACUUUGAGCUUCCCUUUCUGUUUUAUUUGAAUUCAAUCAAAUAUUUUAACAAACAUCUCUCUGUCUGAGUCUCGUUUUCUUCUUCUUCUUCUUCUUCUUUGUCUUCUUCCAUUGAUAUAAUUAUAAUAUUAACAACAUAAUACGAUAAAAAAUAGAAAUGCGUUUGCGUUACGUUUGGUGUCUCUUCUCCGCCCGCUUAAUUACUGGCAUCAUCAACUGAUACGCAGAAAAAAGUUAUACCAUCAACGAGAGGGAACUGGGUUUUGGUUGGUGUGAGCUCAAAUGACGUUUCUCUCUAUCUUUUGUUGUGCCAAGCCUUCGGAUUGGAGUGUCAGGGAAGAGAAAGAGCCAAAAUGGAGGAUUUUUUCGCUGACGGAAUUACAUUCUGCCACGAACAAUUUCAACUACGAUAACAAGCUUGGAGAAGGAGGAUUUGGAAGUGUUUACUGGGGUCAGCUUUGGGAUGGAUCACAAAUUGCAGUUAAGAGAUUAAAAGUCUGGAGCAACAAAGCAGAUAUGGAAUUUGCUGUUGAGGUCGAGAUACUGGCACGAGCUCGGCACAAGAAUCUGCUGAGUUUACUUGGGUACUGUGCCGAAGGACAAGAGCGCCUGAUUGUAUAUGACUACAUGCCAAAUUUGAGCUUGCUCUCUCAUCUUCGUGGACAACAUUCAUCAGAAUGCCUUCUUGAUUGGAACAGAAGGAUGAAUAUUGCUAUAGGUUCUGCCGAGGGAAUUGCCUAUCUUCACCACCAUGCUACCCCACAUAUAAUCCAUAGAGACAUCAAAGCUAGCAAUGUGUUGCUGGAUGCUGAUUUUCAGGCUCAGGUUGCUGAUUUUGGUUUUGCUAAGCUGAUCCCAGAUGGUGCAACACACGUGACUACAAGAGUUAAGGGUACCCUUGGCUACCUUGCCCCCGAAUAUGCUAUGUUAGGAAAAGCAUCAGAGAGUUGUGAUGUAUACAGCUUUGGCAUUCUUUUGCUUGAGCUGGCCAGCGGCAAGAAACCCCUUGAAAAACUAAGUUCUGCCUUGAAACGCACAAUUACAGAGUGGGCAUUGCCACUGGCUUGCCAGAAGAAGUUCAACGAGCUGGCAGAUCCAAGGUUGAAUGGGAAGUUUGUAGUGGAAGAGUUGAAAAGAGUCAUCCUUGUUUCACUCAUAUGUGCUCACAGUCGACCUGAGAAAAGACCCACCAUGCUUGAGGCAUUGGAGUUACUAAAGGGAGAAUCAAAAGAGAAGUUGGCUGAGCUAGAAAAUGAUGACCUGUUCAACAGCCCUCAACCUGCAGAUUAUAACGAUGGGACAGCAGUUCCUGAAGUUAGCCCAGACUCGAUAUCAGAAGAGGAGAUUGAACCUGAAAAGGCUCAAAAUAGCUAAGUAACGGACACAAAAAUGUGAAAUUCGAUCAUUGGCUUGCCAGGUUUUUUGUACUAGAAGGCAAAGGUUUGAUAGGAGUGGUGUGAAAGUAAGAUUUGUUUGUUUCCAUUUAAUGUAAAUGAAUGGCAGAAAACUGUUUCUUGUGUUCA